AGGAGCUGAGCCACCGUCCCCAGCUGCGCAGAGAUGGCAGGGAUGAAGCCAGGGAUUCUCCUCUUCACAGUCUUGGUGGCCUUGAGCUUGUGCCUGGCAGCUGGAUCUUCCGUAAAUGAUGUCGUGGAGAAACUACCAGAUCCCUUCUUUCUGAGCAGCACCAAUGAGGCCAAGCAGCUGGUGGAUGCUGCGUACAAGUACGAACGGGAAAAAAGCAAGAAGGAGCUGCCGAAAAAGAGCGCCCGCCCCUGCGACUUCCUGAAGCAUUUGAAGGAGCCGGUGGCAGGAACCAGGUCUGCAAUCCGAGCUGCCGAUUACUUGGAAACCACCCUGAAGAUCCUGAAGAAGAAGUUGCUUCGGAUGGUGAAAGGGGAGUUUAACCUCACAGAUGUUCUGAGCAAGAAGCAGAAGGAAAUGAUUUCCAAGAUGACUGGUUGCGACUACCAGAUUCGUCCCAUCACCUGCCCAGAGAGUAGCCCCUACCGGACCAUUACUGGAGAAUGCAACAACAGGAAGAAUGCGUAUUUUGGGGCUUCCAACCAUGGCUAUGCCCGAUGGCUCCCCGCAGAGUAUGAGGAUGGAGUGUGUCUUCCCAAAGGACUAGAGGAAGGCAAACUGUAUAACGGCUUUCCGCUCCCGCUGGUUCGGCAAGUGUCCAAUGAAAUCAUCCACACGGCCAACGAGAACGUCACCCCGGACCAGGCCCGCUCCCUUUUCUUCAUGCACUGGGGCCAGUGGGUCGACCACGAUUUGGACUUAGCCCCUUUCACAACUACAAAAAUCGACAACCAAGACGUUCACUGUGAGACCAGCUGCGUCUUCGAGCCACCUUGCUUCCCGAUCAAGAUUCCUCUUAAUGACCCACGGAUUAAGGACCCAAAUACUUGUAUGCCGUUCGUCCGCUCAGCUCCAGUCUGCAAUGCCAAGACCUUUACACGAGAGCAGAUCAAUGCGAUCACCUCGUUCCUGGAUGCCGGCAUGGUGUACGGCAGUGAAGUGCCGCUAGCGAGGAGUCUUCGGAAUCAGACAAACCAGCUGGGGCUGUUGGCGCUGAACCAGAACUUUACCGAUGCGGGGUUGGGAUUACUGCCCUUUGAGAACAAGUCCCAGAGCCUCUGUGUACUCACAAACAAGACUGCGAAUAUCCCCUGCUUUAAAGCAGGGGAUGCGCGAGUGACCGAAAACCUGGGACUUACGGCUCUCCACACAGUCUUUGUGCGGGAGCAUAAUCGCUUGGCUAAAGAGCUGAAGGAAUUAAAUCCACAGUGGGAUGGAGAGAAGCUCUACCAGGAGGCCCGGAAAAUCAUUGGCGCUAUGACCCAGGUGCUCACGUACAGAGACUACCUGCCACUUCUGCUUGGAGAUGAGCUUGAAAAGCAGCUACCCUGCUACCGGGGCUAUGACGAGUCUGAGGACCCCACCGUGUCAAACGUCUUCUCCAUGGCUUUCCGGUUCGGCCACGGCUCCAUCCAGCCGCUGGUGACCCGUUUAGAUGAACACUUCCAGCCUCUGGGUCCGCAGUCCCAGGUCCCGCUCCACCUCACCUUCUCUGCGACCUGGAGGGUUGUCAUGGAAGGUGGCAUCGACCCGCUCCUCCGCGGCAUGCUGGUUGACCCUGCAAAACUAAUGAAGCAGAACCAAAUGAUGGUGGCAGAGCUCCAGGAGCGGCUUUUUGAACAGCUGGAAAUAAUGGGACUGGAUCUGGCCUCCUUAAACCUGCAACGGGGCAGAGAUCACGGUCUCCCAGGCAAGCCAUGGGCACACCACAGGCACACCACGGGCACGGCACACCACGGGCACACCACGCCACGGGCACGGCACGCCACGGGCACGGCACACCACGGGCACUUUGCUCUUUGCAGUCCCGUCACACCAUGA